AAUGCACGCAACGGUGUAUACUAAUCGCUCAGCGAGUCUAAAAACGAUUGUUGUAGCCCUUCUUAGUCUCGCAAGAAGAAGAAUGAAUACCCUUUAUUUUCAUUUGUAUUCUCAAAAAAAUUAAAACUAUUUGGCGAUAAGGAUUUAACUCGUUCAACCAAAUCAUUCCAUCUAUAAACGAAACGGUCCAUUUGUCUGUUCUUAAAACGAAUGUGAAAACUGGUAAUCUAGCAUUAAAAUACCAGCGAAGCGACGUCAACAACAACCUAGGAGAAAAGAAAUUACAGCAAAAAUGCAAAUUGUUUUGGUGUUCGACGAGUUGUAAAGACAGGAAGUGAAGUGAUGCUAAGAUAAAUAAAAUAGCACAAGUAAAUUAGGCUUUAUCAGAAGCAAAAAAUAUAAUAAACUUUACUUCAACUGAAUUAAAGGGCGUUCGAGAGAAAAUCAAUUGAAAAAUCACGUCAUUUUCUUCGUCGUAAGGAGAAAAGGAGACUCACAGUAAUCAUUUGUGUUGUGUGUUUGUAUGAUCGUGUGGUAACUUAACUCACUUCACUGUGCUGUGCUGGGAACAAGAAAAAAUGUUUGCAAAAUAUUGGAAGAAGCCAAGGAAAAUGUGAGAGUUCAAAUACAUGAAAACGUUAAAGUAUCAGUGUCCCUUGUACAAAUAGUAUAUCUAAUAUUGGUUUGGCGAAAAUAAGAACAAUUGCAAUUGAGACAUUGUCUGCUUCAAGUAAGGAACGCAUUUGUGGCCUUCCCGUAUACAUCAUGAUGACCAUCGACGAGGAACAGCAGGCUUUAUUGAAACGUGCUGCCGAAGAGCGCGAAUUGAUAUUCAAUCGAUACAGUUUGGGCUUGGAUCCCAGCAAUCAAGUGGAUCCGUGGGAAAAUCCCACUUAUGAAAUAUAUCACAUAACUGAUAAGUAUGGUUUUAUGCAUGACUCCCGCCUCCCAGACAUACGCGAUGCCCACGAAGUGCAAAAGACCAAAAUUGAAUUGGAACGGGAUAAGAAGUGGGUCAAGAUGAUAGACAAAUGGAAUCCGCACCACGAAAAACUGCGUAAGCGAGUGUUUAAAGGUAUUCCAGACCGUAUGCGCUGGCCAGCAUGGAAAAAAUUAUUGAAUGUUGAGGAAACAAUGUCUGCAAAUACUGGCGUUUAUGCCAAGAUGCUGGAAUUAUCUCGCAAAUACUCCACAGAAGUCAGACAAAUCGAUUCAGACGUCAAUCGCCAGUUCCGUGAUAACUUAGCCUUUCGCGAACGAUACAGUGUCAAACAAGUUUCACUGUUUAAUGUUCUAAAUGCAUAUAGCAUAUAUAAUCCUGAACUAGGCUACUGUCAGGGUAUGGCAUGUGUUGCCGGUGUACUGUUAUUGUAUAUGCAAGAAGAAGAAGCAUUUUGGGCUCUAAAUGCCCUCAUUGUAAACGAGAAGUAUGCCAUGCACGGUCUAUUUAUUGAGGGGUUUCCCAAGCUGACGCGUUUCUUGGAACAUCAUGACCGUAUAAUGUUGAAAAUAAUGCCAAAAUUGCACAAACACUUCAUGAAACACAAUGUCGACGCAAUACUUUAUUCAAUCAAAUGGUUCUUUGUCGUAUUCGUGGAACGGAUACCAUUUAGCUUAAGCUUACGUGUCUGGGACAUUUUUCUUUUGGAAGGCGACCGUGUUAUAACAGCAAUGGCUAUUACAAUACUAUACCUGCACAAAAAUGAACUUUUGCGUCUAAAAGAUAUGGAUUCGAUAUUGGAAUAUUUACAAGUCAAGCUACACAAGAAUUUCGGUUACAACGAUGACUUUGCCAUAGAGGCCUUAGAACGAGUGAUGAAGAAAUUGAAAGAGCAUAAACUGGAUGUUCCUCCACCAGCAAAAGUCACAGAAUUCCCUACAAAACCUUUGGGUCAAUUUGUCGAGGCUGAUAUUGAAAAGAAAAUUGGUCGACGUCGUUCAGAAUAUACGGACACAGAAAAGCAGGUUAUCAACGAUGUUAUUUUGAGGCAGGAGCAAAAUGCCAUGGAAGUACAAUCUACAGUAUCAUAUGAAACAUCAGAGUGUGCCACGGGUGAUGCAUAUUCCAUGAAAACGUAUCAAAGUAUCACUAGUUUAGCCACUUCACCAGCUAUUAGCAGUAAUUCAUUAUAUAGUAAUGGAUUUUUUGUUACAACAACACCACCUCCACCAUCUAAGACAACGACGUCGACCACAAUGCAAAUCAGCAAUUACAAUAUAAACUCAUCAUCCACUACAUCGACAACAACUGGAACGACGAUUACAACAAAUAAUUCGGAUGCAAUCGACACAGCAAUGGAAAAUGUAAAGAGCACAAUAACUGCUCAAAAUAGCUACCGAACGCCGAAUGGCGAUCAUCAUUCAAUUGUUUGCAACAGUACAACUGAGAAUGUCAACGAACUAACCGAUCACAAUGAUAUUAAUAUUCUUAUUACAAAUUACGACCAAAACUACUAAAAGUACACGUUGAUGACGAUCAGGGUGAUGAAGAUGACGAACUGAGCGUAGAAAAUACUCGCCUUUAAAAAUAAAAAUACUAUUAUACCUAUAUAUACAUAUAUCUAUACAUAUAUUAAAGUUGAUUUUUAGCCAAGAUUAUUUGUAGAAAUUAAAUUGUAUAAUCCCAAUCUAGCUUCUUCAUCGUUGAACGAACGUGUCAAUUUAAAAGAAAAAGAAAAACUUAUCCUUUACUUGCAUUUCCUCUCAGCAGCAUUUUUAUUAAGAAUACAUAUUUUCUUAUUAGCCACAAUGUAUCUAAAUUAUCUAUCUGUAUUCCAUUGACAUUUACAAAUAGUAAAUAAUCUUUAUGAAGUAAAGUGUUCUACUACUAAAUACACUACUUUUGCAUGCGUUUAUUUUUUUUAAAUUUCAUUUUCUCAGAAAUUAUGUAUCUCAAGACUGUAUUGCUGCCAUUGAAAUUGUGUUGAAGUAGUGUAUUUUGAUUUAUAUACCAGAAUUAUGUUAUUUAUUAUUAACCCACAUUCCUAUACCAUCCAUAUAUUAUGUAACCCCUGUUCUGCCUAUUAUUAGUGAAACGAUUUCGCAUAAUGUUAUCUCCUACUUCUUCUUUAUAUGCUUACU